AUGGAGUUGGCAAUCUACGGAUCACUUGGUGUUCUUGCUAGGGAUGUUCCAAUUGUGAAAGAUGAGGACGAGAAGUUCCUUUCCCAUGGGAAGGGAGGUGGGUUCGGUGGCGGAUUUGGUGGUGGCGGCGGUGGGGGUGCUGGUGCUGGAGGUGGGUUCGGUGGUGGAGCCGGGGGUGGAUUUGGCAAGGGUGGUGGCGGCGGUGCUGGAGGUGGCUUUGGUGGUGGAGCUGGUGGAGGAGCAGGAGGAGGCAUUGGCAAAGGUGGUGGAAUUGGCAAAGGUGGGGGCAUUGGCGGUGGUGUUGGAGGUGGAAUCGGCAAAGGUGGGGGAAUUGGCGGUGGGGCUGGAGGUGGAAUCGGCAAAGGUGGUGGACUUGGAGGUGGCAUUGGAAAAGGAGGUGGUGGUGGUGGUGGAGUAGGAGGAGGAGGAGGUGCUGGUGGUGGAAUUGGCGGUGGUGCUGGAGGUGGAAUCGGCAAAGGUGGUGGACUUGGAGGUGGCAUUGGAAAAGGAGGGGGUGGUGGUGCAGGUGGUGGUUUCGGCGGAGGCAUUGGCAAAGGUGGUGGAAUUGGUGGGGGAAUUGGUAAGGGAGGUGGAUUUGGCGUUGGCGGAGGAGGAGGGUCUGGUGGUGGAGGUGGUGGGGGAUUUGGUGGUGGUGGAGGAGGAGGGUCUGGUGGUGGUGUAGGUGGUGGGUUUGGCAAAGGUGGAGGGUUUGGUGGUGGAGCAGAAAGAAUAAUGAACGAGGGACAUCUAUCUGUGCUCCAGAAGACCUACAACUCCAACACAUUCUUGGUUUAG